GCCGGAGCUCUCCGCCCGGCCGGCGGGGCGCAGGCCGGGUCCCGGGCCGGCAGGAUGCUGAACGUGCCGCCGCAGGCCUUCCCCGGGCCCAGCUCCCAGCAGCGGGCGGCGGCGGGCGGGCGCGGAAAGGUACCUUUAAAACCAGGAAGGAGUCUUAUGGAUUGGAUCAGACUAACUAAAAGUGGGAAAGACUUGACUGGAUUAAAAGGAAGGCUAAUGGAAGUGACUGAAGAUGAGCUUGCUAAACACAACAAAAAGGAGGACUGCUGGAUAUGUAUAAGAGGAUUUGUAUAUAAUGUCACACCAUACAUGGAAUAUCAUCCUGGUGGUGAGGAUGAACUAAUGAAAGCAGCAGGAACUGAUGGUACAGAUCUCUUUGAUCAGGUUCAUCGUUGGGUCAAUUAUGAAUCAAUGCUGAAGGAAUGUCUUGUUGGGAGAAUGUCUGUCAAGCCUGUUGCUGCUCCAAAAGAGAUUUCUACUCUGUCUGAAGAGAAGAAACAGCUUAAUGGUAUGCUUCCUGAGAAGAAAGCACAAGCUGCUUCUUCUAAAGAUUUAAUUCCAAGUUAUGACUGGUUCCAAACAGAUAGCUUGAUCACCAUUGUGAUAUACACUAAGCAGAAGGGUAUGAAUGCAGAAUUGGUGAUAGCUGACUGUCAAGACAAACGAUUAAGGGGAGAGAUCAUCAUGGAUGACCAUUCCUAUCUUGUAGAAGUUGACUUGGAUCAUCCAGUUCAGGAAGACGUGGCUGUAAAUAUUGCUGAAAAGGUUGGGAAGGUAGAGAUUACCUUAAAGAAAAAAGAUAACAUUCAUUGGAAGAUGCUAGGACAGCCCUUGGAGAGUCACAACACCUUUAAAAAAUGCACAGACAGGGGACUGUUCUACAGAAAAUGCAAGUUGGUUUCUAAAACAGAAGUCACCCAUGACACCAAGCUAUUCUGCUUAAUGUUACCUAAGAGCACACAUCUCCAUGUUCCCAAAGGACGACAUGUUUACCUCAAACAAAUCAUUGCAGGGACUGAGAUAGUAAAACCAUACACACCUGUGCUGCCUUUUUUGCCACUGAAUUUUAAAGAACCAUCUCACCAUGAAGGGGCACGUAUAUAUUUAAUGAUCAAAAUUUAUUCCUGUGGACUGUUCACCCAGGCACUUGACCACUUACAAAUUGGAGACUAUAUUUCUGUCAGCAAUCCUGAAGGUAACUUCAAGAAGACACAGAUUCAAACUUCAGAAGAUGUCUUUCUUUUGGCAGCAGGCACAGGCUUCACACCAAUGGUUAAACUGCUGGAUUUUGCUCUGGCUGAAGUUAGCAGCCUCCGGACAUUGAAGUUGAUCUUCUUCAACAAAACAGAAGAUGACAUACUUUGGAGAAACCAGCUGGAGGAAUUAGCUCUUAAAGAUGAAAGGUUUGAAGUUCAGUUUGUUCUUUCACAACCAACAAAGAACUGGUUGGGUAAGCAGGGGAAGAUUUCUUCAUCUCUUCUCUCUGAGUUCGUGAAAAGAAGCAAAAAAGACUCAAAAGUGCUUAUCUGCAUCUGUGGCCCAACACCUUUCACAGAACAAGGAGUACAGUAUCUGAGGGAUCUUGGAUACUCCCAGGAAGAGAUACAUGCUUUUACUGCAUAAACCCUUACGAUGAUAUCAGUAUUUGUUUGUAUUAUUGAAUCUUAUUUAUUUACCUUCGUGAAUUUAAUUGAGAACCAAUUUUUUAAGACUUGAAAUUCCACUCUUGGUACCAAACUGCUUCUUGGAAGAAAUAUAUCUUUGAAAAAAUUUUAUACUGUGUUUUAUCUUGGUUUUGUAAAUAUUUUUGGUAAUCCAGGGUAUUAAUUUAUUGUAGAGGCAAGCAAAAAUGUAUAGUGUACCUUAUGUAAAAUAUUUCAUGUUGUUGGUUAAUGAGAAUUCUUAAAUUUAUGACAAGCACUGAUUAAGUUUUGACUUGAAAAGCUUAUUAUUUCUUACUGUAGAAAUUCUUAAGAAUGAUACUGUCUGAAAUUAAAUAUUGCACUGUAACUCAGGUCAUUGAAAAAUGUUCUUUUUCAUCUGAAAUACCUAUUUGACUUGCAAGUGAUCCUGAUACAUUUUUGGAUUUGUAAACAAAGAAUAGAAGUACCUUUGGUAAAUUUACAUCAGAUAAUAAAAAAUAAUUUUUCAUUA